AUGUCGCUUGAAACCUUGACCACCAUCUCGCCCAGCACGAACGAGGGCAUCCUCACCCGCAGUGGCAUCUCCCAGGCUGACUUAGACAACCUCCCUAUCACCGCCACCACCGCUUUUGAAUCAUGGCGCAAGACGACUCUCGCCGAGAGGCAGGAGAUCGUCAAGAAGGCUCUCAAGUCUCUCGCUGACAAGAAGGAUGAUCUCGGUCAGGAGUUGACCGUCCAGAUGGGCCGUCCCAUUUCGUACACGCCUGGCGAAGUGACGACUGCCAUCAAGCGUGCCGACUACCUUCUCAAAAUUAGUGACGACGUUCUCAAGGACACAGACGGCGAGGCGGAGAAGGGGUUCAAGCGUUUCAUUCGUAAGGUUCCCGUGGGACCUAUUCUUGUCAUCUUUGCUUGGAACUACCCCUACCUCAUCCUGGUCAACUCGCUCAUUCCAGCGCUGCUGGCCGGAAACACGGUCAUCCUGAAGCCGUCGCCCCAGACCCCCACCAUCGUGGAGCAGGUCGCCAAGAGCUUCGAGGAGGCGGGCCUCCCCUCGGGCGUGCUGCAGUACUUCCACUCUGGCUCGCCGACGCAGAUUGAGACCAUUGUCCGCAACCCCCUCAUCAAGGCCGUUGCCUUCACAGGCUCUGUCGCCGGUGGUCUUGCCAUUCAGUCUGCAGCCUCAGACCGCAUUGUCAAUGUCGGCCUCGAGCUUGGGGGCAAGGAUCCCGCUUAUGUGCGUUCCGACGUCGACGUUGCCUGGGCCGCCGAGGAGAUUGUUGACGGUGCCAUUUUCAACUCGGGCCAGAGCUGCUGCUCGCUCGAGCGCGUAUACGUCCACGAGAGUGUGCACGAUGCAUUUGUCGAGGCGGCGCAGAAGGUCCUUGCGGGCUACAAGCUCGGUGACCCCUUUGACAAGGCCACACAGAUUGGUCCUGUCAUCUCGAAGCGGUCAAAGGAGACGGUCGAAGCGCACAUCAAGGAUGCCCUGGACAAGGGCGCCAAGGAUGCGACGCCCGAGAACGAGUCGUUCGCCAACCUGCCGACCAAGGGCAACUUUGUCAAGCCGACGCUGCUGACGGGCGUGGACCACAGCAUGACGGUCAUGACGGAGGAGACGUUUGGCCCGGUACUGCCUGUGCAGAAGGUGUCGAGUGACGAGGAGGCGGUCAAGCUGAUGAACGACAGCGAAUUUGGGCUCACGGCAAGCAUCUGGACCAAGGACACGGACAAGGGGUACGAACUGGCGGAGCACGUCGAGGCCGGUACUGUAUUCGUCAACAGGGCUGAUUACCCGAGUCCCGAUCUCGCUUGGACCGGAUGGAAGAACUCCGGCAAGGGCGUGACGCUCAGCCGGUUCGGGUUCGAGGCCUUUGUCAAGCUCAAGAGCUUCCAUCUGAAGGACUACCCGAAAUAA